GAUGUGUCAGGAAAUCUGAUUGGUCAGAUUUUGCCGCAGCCCCCAAAUCCUUGAAACUCAGAGAAGCGCAUUUCCAACCCCAAAACAGCCGCAGACGCGCGCCCCUCGCUCGGCAGACGCACCAGAAGGGCAGCGAGAGGAGCCGGAACGGACUUCGAAAGCGGCUGCUGUUUUAAGCAAGGGACACGGGAGACUCCACUACAAUCCCCGGAGGUAGGGCUUGAUAAUGAGUCUCCGCAUCCCAACUGUGUGCGCGGCGCGGUUAUAGGAAUCCGGGGACAGGGGCUCCGUCUUUAUUUUCCUAGAAAGCCUUGGGGAGCGUAACUCCCGCAGGGAACAGACACCUGGGGUGGGGGAGGGGGAGAGAGGCGGGCUAAGCCCCCCCCUUUCUUUUCAGUUCUCAAUCAGGUCGCCACGCAGACAAUAUACCGAGACUUCAUGUCUCGUUUUGGGAGUGGGUCAGUUGUGUGUGAUUUGAUUUCGCCAUGUCUGGUCGCGGUAAGGGUGGCAAAGGCUUGGGGAAGGGGGGUGCUAAGCGCCAUCGUAAAGUGCUUCGGGAUAACAUCCAAGGUAUUACCAAGCCAGCGAUUCGUCGCUUGGCUCGACGCGGGGGAGUGAAGCGUAUUUCGGGGUUGAUCUACGAAGAGACCCGGGGAGUGCUGAAGGUGUUCUUGGAGAACGUGAUCCGCGAUGCUGUCACUUACACUGAACAUGCCAAGCGAAAGACUGUAACGGCUAUGGAUGUGGUUUAUGCCCUGAAGCGCCAGGGUCGUACUCUCUAUGGUUUUGGCGGCUAAGCGGGUCAUUAAAGUCAACAGAAUAACCCAAAGGCUCUUUUAAGAGCCACCCACGCUUUCAUAAUAAGAGCUGUGAUUCCAGAGUUCUAAUGCUGUGAUGUGAAAACUUAGUAUAGAAAACUACACUUACAGAUUUACACUAAAUAUGUUUGGAUGUAAGCGACAAAUUAGUGCUUUGGUUAAAGUAGCAUGUGUUUUUCAGCAGUAAAAUUAGUGGUGGCUUCCUUGAAUGAUAGUAUUUGUUAGAGGGGAAAAAAAUGAUAAAACUUUCAGUGAAAAUCAGUGGCUACCUUUCGAUUGUAGGUAUUAAUUUCUGCAUUAAGCGAGCAUUUACUUGGAGCUAGUAUACCUAGAGACAACUUUUGUGCCUUCAGAUACAGCGUAUUUGUCUUAUCUCCCCUGGCGAUGCGUCUCCGGCAGUGUGCUAAAAAAUGUCCAUUUACAAAAGAGUUCAUCAUUCAUUUGGCCUUGGAAAAGAUACCAUUUUCUUAAGCUCUUUUCAGACCUAUUUACUUUUUAUGAGAGCUAUAUGUAUUAAUCGAUUUUCUUUAUUAAGUUGCAAAAAAGUAACAAUGUAGCGGGUUAUUGGGCUUAAAAACCCAAAUUUCGCUAAUAUUGUCCUUUGCAGUGUUAAACAUAUUGACAAGGUUUUGUAAAAAAAAAUUUGAAUGUACAAGCAUUUUUACACUAUUUUGAAUUCCUAGUUUAUCCGUACCGUAGAUAUCUUCGCAUUUAAAACAGGAAUAGUGGGUAUAAGAGCCUUAAGACUUAAAAAAAAAAAAACCCUUCAGAUUCCUCAAGUUAAUUUUAAGAGCUGUCACUCAUAUUGUGAAAAUAAUUCAACUCUUAUUAUGAAAGUGUGGGUGGCUCUUAAAAGAGCCUUUGGGUUAUCCUGUUGACUUUAAU